GUUAAGAUGGCGUCUUUCCAUGAUGGUCGAUAGGCAUGUCAGUCGUGUAAAGCUGUCUUUUGUGAAGGCAGUAGCGCUAAAUUCAGAUCGAAUUAUCGAGAAUCCUAAAAAGUGAAAUGCCAGGAGACAACUGCUCUGUUGUAGGAUGUGGUUCAUGCCGCCGUUUGAAAAGAAUUGGCAUCUGAAAGCUGCCUACAGCUAAAAUUAAAAGCGAAAAAUGGCGGGAAGCCUGGCUCAACGAGCUAAAAAAAAUACCGAGUUGUCGAGAAAAACUUUUAAAACCAAAUCAGUAACGACAAGGUAUACACUUGUGAAAAGCAUUUCAAGCCUGAGGACAUAGAAAUAUGUUUCUCCUUGGCAAGGGUAUGCAGUAUGUGCUCACAGAAAGGUUUUGCCAAGACAGCUUGGAGGAUUACUUUGGAAACCAAAGGAAAUUAGGGAGACGAAACAACAAUCCAAAUAUUAGGUCAUUCGGCUAUAAUAAUAAUACUAUCCGUAUUCAGAGAUCAGUUUCAUGUCAAAGUGGAAACAUGCCUGGUAGGAAAGAUAAAAGAAAAGCCUGGGUAAAUGAUGUUUCCUUAUUCCGUACUUGAUUUGCUUGGUGCUUGCGGGAGUUCCCAUCCUUAUCCUAGAGGUUUCAUUGGGACAGUUUACAAGUCAGGGAGGUAUCACAGCAUGGAAGAUUUGCCCUUUGUUUCAAGUUAUCGAGUUCUGCGUAUAAGUGGUGGUCUUGAUGAACCAGGAAUAAUAAACUGGGAUCUUGCUUUGUGUCUGCUUCUUGGUUGGAUAAUCUGUUACCUUUGUGUGUGGAAGGGUGUAAAGUCUACUGGCAGAGUGGUAUAUUUUACCGCAACUUUUCCUUAUGUGUUGCUGACCAUUAUAAUGUUUCGUGCUGUAACACUACCUGGAGCAGGAGAGGGAAUCAAGUUUUAUCUCAAUCCAAAUUUUACCCGCCUAGCUGAUGGUCAGGUAUGGCUAGAUGCUGGAACCCAGGUUUUCUUUUCUUAUUCUAUUGGUCUUGGAACUCUUAUAGCACUAGGAAGCUAUAACAAGUUUAGAACAAAUUGCUACAGGGAUUGUAUCAUCUUUGCUUGUGUUAAUAGUGGGACUAGUUUGUAUGGAGGGUUUGUCAUUUUUUCAAUUCUUGGAUUUAUGGCACAGAAGCAAGGUGUGCCAGUGGCAGAAGUAGCCAAAUCAGGUCCUGGUUUGGCAUUUGUUGCUUACCCUGCAGCAGUGGCAGAGAUGCCAGUUGCCCCUUUGUGGUCCAUCCUGUUCUUUUUCAUGGUGAUCUUACUAGGACUUGAUAGUGAGUUUGUUGGAGUGGAAGGUUUUGUGACAGCCAUUGUGGACCUGUUUCCUCAUUAUUUGAGACGUGGUUACCGCAAGGAAAUCUUCAUUGCCAUAUGCUGUUUUUUCUGGUUUUUAGUGGGUCUGUCAAUGGUUUCUGAGGGUGGGAUGUAUGUAUUCCAGUUAUUUGACACAUAUUCUGCCAGUGGCAGUGCUCUACUAUGGGUGUCACUCUUUCAGAGUAUUGCUGUUGGCUGGGUCUAUGGUGGAGACAGAUUCUAUGAUAACUUGGAGUCCAUGAUUGGAUUUCGCAUCAACCCUUGGAGCAAGUUGUGUUGGAAGUAUUUUACACCACUUUUCUGCCUGGCUGUAUUUAUAUUCAGCUUGGUGACAUACAAGCCCCUGGAGUACAAUAACUUUAAAUACCCUGCUUGGGGGCAGGUGAUUGGUUGGUGUAUGGCUUUGGCAUCCAUUCUGUGCAUUCCUAUUUACAUGAUUGUGAAGCUGUACACUACUAAAGGAACUUUUGGAGAGCGUUGGAAGAAGCUCACUACACCAACAAUUACAAGAAGUGAAUGUCAAAGUGAAGAUAAUCAGCAGAAAGAAAAGGAAGAAGGAAACGCUAUUGUGUUGUCUGCCGUGUAAACAGUUGUCUGUAAUAACCCAAUAGAAGAGUGACAGUGAGAAAUUGUUUCGCUUAAUUAACCCAUGUAAUCUACUCAGCAGAUGAUUUUACUUUAGAUGAAAAAAAAUUAGAAAAAUUAGUCACUUAUAGCUGCACAGAAAAGAAAGCUUGAAAACAGUGACCCACAGUAAUGGAUGGGAAAUUGAACUACAACAUAUAGACACACAGUUAAAUGAAAUUGGGGAAUGUGAAGAGAACAAAGAAAUUAAUAGUAAUAAUAUAUAAGAAUUAUUAUUGCAUAUAAAAUAGAAUCGAUGAAGUUUUAAGGAAAUUUUACAAAGUAUUAUUUUGUCAAACAAUGAAAAUUUCCCAAAGAAAAAAGAAUAUGAUGAUGCACCUUCACUUGUAUGGUCAGUGUGUGUGACAAAGGUUCAUUUGUUGUUUUUUUAAUGGUAUUUCAUCAAUGAUAUUUGCCUUUUACUCCAUAGGAGUAUAAUGAUAUUAUGAUUGGGUUGUUAGCCAAUUCUAGUCUUACUCCUCUUCUUAUACCGGCCUGAGGCUGGUCACUGCUAAGUUCAUCCUCAUUGUACAGAGUAUUCAAGUAAUUCUUAAAAGUAAGUUUUCACCUGUUCUAAUUAGCUGCCUUCCUGGAGAGAAAUUUCAUCAUUAAUUUUAUGUAAAAUGAAUGCACUUUAUGAGUAGUAGUGUAUAUUGUAAUACAUUGACAUAUCCCUCUUAGUUCAUUAGUACAGUAAAAUAGAAGAUGAAGUC